GAGGGGAAUCGCAGCGAUGUUGUUGUAAUUAAAGCUAUGAAACAUAAAUCUCAACACAACAAUUAUCAAAUUAGUAUGCUUUACCCAAACAGGAUUUCGAUACUCGUCCAAGUAUUUUUUACAAAGCUUUAGUAAAUCGAUCCAAAAUAAAAACUUUGCCAGUUAUGUGAAAUUCAUAAACAUGCAAUAGGACCUAAUUCCAAUAAAACAACAAAAUAUGUUGCCUACCCUACGAUCCCAAACAAAAUGUAUAGUUGUAUCAUGUGAUUGAUGAUAUUUAGUUAAUGUUUAUGAUAAUGUUACUGGUGUCAUUCGUGGUGAAUGUAAAAUAACGUGUUCGUGUUCGAUGGUUUAUAUUACCCGUGUUAUACUAUUGAUAAUCUGUUAGUGGCAUUUCGGUUCCAUGAGUGUAAGUGUGCCACCUGUAUAUUGUAAUAAUUGAAGCUCAAAACUGUAGUCUUGGCGUAUAGUAAUCGUGGCGCUUAUGACCCGUUGGUGGUGGUUUCGAGCAUGUAAUAAUCCAAAUUCACACUCCAGUGAAAAUGGCAGCAUAUUGGCAGAUGGACGAGGAGUCAAGAGUGCAUUUAGUGGCAGAAGCUGUUUUAGCUGUGAUACAGACUACAUUUCAUCGCCUGAUGAUGCAGGAAAUAACUCCUCAUCGAAUGGUGGUUUACAACACGGAAUUCGAUCCACAUCAAUAUUGGCAGCAGCUCAGUCUCUUGCCAUGGCUCUCCAACAACAAUCGUCUACACUACAUCCGUCACCGGAUCCCAUAACAGCAGAUAUCAUCAAUACAUGGCUCGAUUCCCAUUUACCGGCCGCUUACCCCGAUGUCUUCUGACCCGAACGACUAUGAAGCUCUGACCCCGGCACAUUUCCUAAUACACCGCUCUAUCGUGGGACUUGCGGAACCAUCUUACGAGUCGAGACCUAUCAACCGACUGGACCGUUACGAGCAGGUUCAAGAGUUUCUGCGCCGCUUGUGGAAUCGAUGGUCAUCGGACUACCUAUCGGGCCUUCAUCCUAAGACCAAGUGGACUAAACAGCGAGAUAACAUCACCCUGGGCACUAUGGUUUUGGUGAAGGAAGAUAAUCUUCCCCCGCGUAAAUGGUGUUUAGGGCGAGUAACGGACAUCGUGAAAGGAGCGGAUGGAAACGUCCGAGUAGUUUUUGUUAGAACUAAGGAUGGUGAAUUCAAAAGGACUAUCUCUAAGCUUUGCGUCCUUCCAAUCAGACAGACUACUUCAGAGGAGUGUUGAAUCUCUUGGUGAUUCAA